AGGCCGGCCUGGCCCAGCUGCCGAGAGCAGGAGGCAGCGGCGGGCUGGCCGCCCGGAGCAGCUUCAGGAUGGUUCCAAGAAAAGUGAUGGCAACUCUUCUGCUCCUAUACGUGAUAGCCAUGCUGGCUAACCAGAGUGAAGGCUUCAUCUCCUUCCAUACUCGCAAAGCCUUUGAAAUGAUGCAGGAGAAGGAGAGGAACCAGGCUCAGAAGAAAUCCCUGAAUGUGCAGCAGCGAUCAGAUACAAGAGAUUUUCCUGAGCUUUCCGAAGAUGAAGGACAGGUCAUCAAGCUGAUUACUCCUGUAGAAAUCGGAAUAUAUCUGAACUCCAGACAGCUGGAAAAAUACCAAGAUGUCUUGGAGGAACUCCUAACUGAGAUGUUACCAGACUCUCAGAAUGUUAAUUGAUGUUCUCCAGUUCAGAAGCCAAGAGCGGAACACUUCCUGCAAACUCAACAGACUCCACUUAAUGGAGACUUUAUCUGCAAAGCACGUCAGAAAAAUAUACUUAUGCAAGCUAAUAAAAC